AUGGCAGUCCUCAAGUAUCCGCAAGUUGGUUCAAGUUCCGGUUCUAGAUCAAGGACACGGAAUCAUACUGCUGCGAAUCCCGGCUUGAUUGCAGGACUUCUGUCGAAAAACCAGAAAGGAAAUGAACCCGGUGCGGUUGAGGCUUUUAUCGGACAACUCCGUUUGAAGGCUUGGCAUCAAGAAACUCCGAUGAUUGGCCUUUCUCUAAGCACUCGGUAA